AUGUUCUACGAAGGAGAUCUUCAGAGUGGGAUCACACUUGCCGUGCAACAGGCGAAGCAGGUCGUGUGCUUUGUUCGAGAUGAAGGAGAAGAAAGCACGAGAUGGGAGGAUGAAUACCUCGCAGAUGAAGAGAUAACUCAAUUGUUAACAUCAAACAGCGUAGCUCUGCGGCUCACUGCUGGUUCACAGGAAGCAGGCUUCUUAGCAUCAUUCUGUCCAAUCAACAAGAUACCCACGCUUGUUGCUAUUAAGAACGGUGUUCUUCAAGAGUAUAUUGUGUCCGGAACGGCCGAGGACGAGUUGAAGAAACGGCUGAAAACAAUACUAAACCCAACCCAAGUGCUGCAAGCAUCACAAGCAUCACAAUCAGAAGCGCUUUCCCAACCGACGCAUCAAGUCCCGACUCCCUCGCCAAGUAGCGACAAUGUCAACACCCCUGCUCCAGAACCCGAGCCUUCGGAAGAAGAAACUCCCGCUGAAAUCGCAAGACGCGAGAGCGUACGGCAGGGGAAAAGACGAGCUGCGUCUCCAGAACCGGUGUCCCGGCCUCGAGACCCUGCGGGAAAUACACAGAAAAUUUGGAGGCAACAGCAAUUUAGCAGAGAACGACGGGAAAGAGAGGAAAGAGAGCGCGUAUUAGCUUUGAUACGACAGGACAAAGAAGAGCGGAGAGCAAGAGCAGAGCAGCAGAGAUUGUCUCACACCCAACAGAGCGAUUCCCAGGAUACCGAACAGCGUCCCAGACCCAUCACACAGCGCGAUAGAGCAUCCGAAUAUCGACUCCAGGUCCGUGUUUUUGACGGUAGUUCUAUCCGAUCAAAAUUUUUCCCUACUCAGACAGUCCGUAACGAUGUGCGUCCGUGGAUUGAUAGUCAGCGCACUGAUGGAAACACGCCAUAUAACCUCAAACAAAUCUUGACUCCUCUUCCGAACAAGACGAUUUCCAUUUCAGAAGAGAACCAAUCUCUCAGUGACCUUGGCUUGGGUCCCACCGCUAACCUUGUUAUGGUACCUAUACACAGCUACACAGAGGCAUACGCAACUUCGGAAUCGUCUCUUCCGGUUCGGGGAUUAUACGCUGGAUAUAAUCUGGUUACCGGCGCCGUUGGAACAGUUGCAGGCGCGUUGGGCUCUUUUCUUGGACUCACGCAUGGUCAACCAGCGUCUCCGCCAGAGACUUCUAGCCGUGCUGAACAAGCAACCGGAGCUGGGGAAAAUUCCGUACGCAACCCGCGUUCUCCUCGCUCUAACAAUAUAAGGACACUUUAUGAUGGGCCUUCCGAUGAAGCGGAUCGCCAGUUUUACAACGGAAAUCAGUUAAAUUUUGAGCCAAGAAUAGAUCAGGAUAAAAAUGACUAGCUCUCCCUGAUACUUUUUUAAAUGCCUUUGGGUGCCUUGCCUUGCACUCAACUGGUAUGACAUGCUUUGUUUCCUUGGGACAACUCUGGCUAUACGGAUUUUGAUAGCCGAUGCGGAUCAACGGCCGGAAUGUUGUUUCAUCUAUGUAUACUAUUAUACCCUCGGGGCUUUCGCUCACAGAGAUACCAUUAUUAGGAAGUAGCUUCUAUGAUAGGAAAGGUAAGAGAUUGAUUGAGUGGAACGAGCUACAUUAAAUACUCAAGUCCAACUCACAGCCGGGAGAAACCCGACUCGCGGAUAUCUGUAUGUGAUUUGCUUAUUGUACAAAAUGGGGUAGUUUAAAAAGCACAGCCGAUGAUUGCUGUAUGUGUAUAGGUAUCUGAAUCAACGCUACGUAGUGUAGAAGUCGACCUUUCCUCCCCCAGCCAUCAAGACCCGGGUGGUCUUGUCCAUAAUGCGAUAUGCUUAGUACUGCUUAGCAGCUUCUUGACAAGCUUUC